GCCAUUAACGAGCCGCGAAGAAAUAAAUGAACUGGAAAAUUCAAAAUCGGACGAAGAAAGGUCAAACUCCGAUCAAUCAGAAAGGUCACCAACGAGAAUUCGGGUAGCAAGGAGUCACCCAAGAGUCGCCGCACGAAACGGACGAAAAGCAAAAGAAGGGGACAAACCUCUGCUUAAAAAUUCGAAAGCGAAAAAACUUAGCGAUUCGCGAGAAAACAAAAGUGACCUUUCAUCGGAAGACGAAGGAGUUGAUGAGCGCCCACUUGAAAAGGCUGACAAAGGUCAAGCCACUGCACAAGAAUAUGAGAGCAGUAACUCCGACUCCGAGUGGACGAGUUCAAGCGAUAACUCAACAACUUCGGAAGAUUCAGGUGUAAGUGACCUUUCGGAGCAAGAGGAUUUAAUGGACUUGGAUGAGGAUGACGAAGUAGAUGAGGAAAAAGAAAAGGAUAUUAAAGUCAGAAGAUUGAAAGUGGAAAAAGCUAGAAUGUCGAAAGACGUGAUCAAAGUUUACAGCGAUCAGCGAAUCAAAUUGAAACCGUCAAACUGCACACGUGUAAAGGUCAAGAUGGGAAAAUAUGCACCGGCUCAAAACAAGCUGAUGUUUACACCGGUCCCACAAGUGGAAACUGAAGUGCAACCGUUGGCAGGAGUGACGGACCACAGGGGAAAAUACUUCGAAAUCGUUAUCGCAAAUCACAGUAGCAAAUACCGAAUCGUGAAGAAAAAUCAGCUUCUCGGCUACGUUGAGCCGUACGAACAUAUGGAGAAUGUAAAGGUCAACGCAGGGACAGUAAAGAACGUACUCGAAGACCCUGAGGUGGAUGAGACAACGAAAGCUGAACUUAAAAAGAUAAUCGAAAACCUGAAAUUGGGACCUGACCUUACCCAAGAGCAGAAAAACGACGUGUACAACGCGUUUUGGGAAUUCUGGAAAGUCUUACCCACAUCAAAGAAACCGUAUGGAGAUGUGAAAGGGGUCACCCACGUAAUUGAUACGGGAGAUGCGAAACCAGUAAAAUGUAACCCGGCCAGAACGAGUUGGACAGGCCGCGAGUUUAUAACAAAGCAUAUCGAAGAGAUAGCGGAGAAUAGAGAUGACCUUUGGGAAACGGACAAAGUGGCACAAGCGUUGAACGAAUGCCCAAUCAAACUGUUGAGAUUCCCAAAACAGGCGAAAAAGAGGUACAAACCGUUACCGCGCUGCAAGGUCAUCAGAGACUGGAACGAACUAGGUACGGCCACAGUUCGUAUCGUCAACCUGCAAGGCGACGAAGAAGAGGAGGAUGACUCCAAUCUACAAUUGCGAAACAAACAAUUGAAGGAUCCUCACCUGCCCAAAGGAAAGGUCAUAGCGGUGAAACAAGCUGUCCCCAUUGUCAUCUCCGCAUCCACGCCAAAAGAGCGCAAGGAUAAACAGAUUCGCGAAAAAGCGAAACGGGAGACGUCGCGUGAAUCGGAGGCAUCGGAAGCGAGCCUUCCCAAGCACUUCGACGGUCAGUGCAAGGUCACAUACGGACUCGAAAACGACACGAUCAAGAACCACUGA